AUGACGAGAUAUUGUCAAUUAUUAGUUGCUUUUCCUGAGAUGCCAGGUUGGAUUACUGAGGAUAUAUGGACUAAACUAACUGAGUAUUGGGCCUCUGAGGAAUUUAAAAAGAAAAGUGAAUUGGCAAAGGCAGCCCGUUUGUCCGACAAAGGUGGCUCCAUUCACACGGGAGGUUCAAUAAGUAUUGGGGCUCAUCGAAGAAGAUUGAAAAAGUCUUUAAAAAGACCAGCUACUCAAGAUGAGGUAUUUGAGCAUACACAUAUAAAGAAGCUCAAGGAUGGAACAAAGAUAACUUGGAUCGAGCCACGAGCCGAGACAACCUAUAAUACUUUCAAACAAUCCUUGGAGGAGUUCAUUCAAAGCCAACCAACUGAUGAUCAAGGAAAGCCAAUCCAACCAUCCCAGGAGAAUUAUAUGGACUUGUGGAUUAAGGGGGCUGGUGGCAUACAUAAGGGAAGAGUUUACGGCCUUGGAUCAGAGUUUAGUUCUAGUCGUCGGUCUUUUGGAUCUGGUGGCUCUUCUUCCUCAAGGUCCUCGAUUAAUCAGGAUGAGUUUGAGCUAUUGAAUAGAAGAAUAGCAGAGAUCACUGAGUUGUAUGCACAGGAAAGGGCUGCACGGGAGGAGGAGGCAAAGCGAAGGGAGGAAGAAGAUAGGCAGAGGGAGGAAGAAAUGAGGCGAAAGGAUGCUGCAUUUACUCGUGUCAGUGGUGACGUUGAAAGCCUCAAGGCCCAGCUAAACUACCUCUUAGCAUCUGGUGGAUUUCCUCUACCACGUUCUCCAUCACGCUCUAACAAGACUAAGGAGUAGUUUCUUUUAUUAAUAUGAUUUUGGGUGGAACUAUGAUGUUGGAUAUUAUGUAUCAAUUGGAUAAGAUUGAAUGCUGAAUUUCUUAUUUGAAUGUUUACCUGCAUUAUUGGUUUAUAGUA